AUGAGCUCUAACACAUUCCUCAACUUGUUCAUCCGGUUUGCAGCCAGAAGAGGACUGCCACACGUACUACGAUCGGAUAAUGGAGCGAACUUCACGCAUGCUGCGAAAAUUCUAAAAAUAAUGGAGGAAAGCAGCACGGAUCAUCGGAUUAGCUUCUCCAAUUAUUUAAAAAACCACAACAUAACCUGGAUUUUCAACACUCCCAGCGCCCCAUGGACAGGAGGGGUCUGGGAAAGACUGGUCGCCAUUACCAAGAACGCCCUGUUCAAGUCGCUGUCUCUUAAAAUCAUUGGGAGAGAUCAACUCAACACGGCAGUUAUCAAAAUAGAGGGAAUCAUCAACUCUCGACCAAUUACCUAUACGGACUCCGAAAACUUCAGCGAGAAUCCGUUGUCACCAGCAGACUUCCUCACUCAUGGAAGUCCAGUUCUAAUACCAGGUGAGAAC